AUGUCCGCCAACGAAUACUACAGUCAAAAACCGCUACCCGAUAUCACAUCACCCCAGUACUCCUACAACCGCCAUGCAACAUCGCCGUAUUCCUCCUCUCCCGCUCCUCCAUACAGCGCCCAGCCGCAUCUUGCCCCCGGUGAUCGGCCGCCGCAAGACCUGUCUUCGCCUUUCGAAACCGUCUUUGACGACCAUGUCUACCCGGCGAGCACACAUCAGUCGCUGCACACACCGUCCUCGAGUCACCAUCGACUAAGCCAGCAAGAUACGGGCUACUACGGCGUCUCGCCGACCCGCACCGACGAUAUGGCUUACAAUCACCCAACAGACGACAUUCCCCUGCAAGAUCAACCGCCCCCGGGCACAUCCAAGUACGCCGAGAUGCAAGACCAUGUCUACGACGCACCACAGCCCAAGCCGCGACGGAAAGGUCGCGUUCGAUUGGGUGAACUGGGAAUGCUGAAUUCUAACCGCAAGAGCAUCCCCUUCGUUGUCUACUUCUUCACUCUCGUUCAACUGGGCGUCUUCAUCGGCGAGCUCGUAAAAAAUGCAACGGCAACUGGCUCCCCCAUCAUGAUACAACCAAGUUUCAACCCGAUGAUCGGUCCAUCGCCAUACGUACUUGUCAAUAUGGGCGCUCGAUUUGUGCCAUGCAUGCACAAUGUGGACAAGAUUCAGAACGCCGAGAAGCCGAUAGAUUGGCCCUGCCCGAGCGCGACAUCGCUCGACAUGAGCAAACCCGAAAACGCCUGCACCCUUUCUGAGCUCUGUGGUUUCGGCGGCGUUCCGGAACCCGCCUACAAACCGAACACCCCUCUGGAUACGAAGCCAGAGCCAAACCAAUGGUUUCGUUUCAUCAUUCCCAUGUUCAUGCAUGCCGGCGUCAUCCACAUCGGCUUCAACAUGUUGCUUCAGCUAACCAUGGGAAGGGAUAUGGAACGAUCGAUUGGUUCGAUUCGCUUCUUUCUGGUCUAUGUGAGCUCGGGUAUCUUUGGCUUCGUCAUGGGUGGAAACUUUGCCGCCCCUAUCAUUGCCUCGACUGGAGCUUCCGGCUCACUAUUCGGCGUCAUCGCUCUGACGCUGCUCGACCUCCUCUACUCAUGGCGAGACCGUGUCAACCCAGUCAAGGACCUCAUCUUCAUCAUGCUCGACAUUGUCAUCUCCUUCGUUCUAGGUCUGCUCCCAGGCCUGGACAACUUCUCGCAUAUUGGCGGCUUUCUUAUGGGCCUUGCGCUCGGCAUUUCCAUUCUGCAUUCGCCAAACUCGCUCAGAAGACGCAUCGGAGACGACGUGCCGUACGCCACCUCUCACGUUAGUGGCGGGUUCGCCAGCGAGGGCACACCGCCCUCCUUCUUUAAGAAUCCGGUCGGUUUUUUCAAGGGCCGUAAGCCGCUCUGGUGGGCCUGGUGGUUCAUCCGCGUGGGCGCCCUCGUGCUUGUCUUUGUCGUCUUCAUCCUGCUCCUAAACAACUUCUACGUCUACCGCACCACUUGCGGCUGGUGCAGGUAUCUCAGCUGUUUGCCCGUAAACAACUGGUGCGAUAUCGGCAACGUCAACCAAUUACAGUCUUAG